AAUGACGUGCCUUGUGAUGAGUCGUCCGAGUCGUCCAGUUACCGUUCUGACAUCUAUAGACAAAAGAAGUAACUAUAACUUUUAUGACGCUCAAGAGAGGGGUACAUGUUUUAAAGUUUUGGUGAAUGCAGUUUGACUGGGCUGGUUUGACUGGAAAUUGAAAUUGUUUGGCGUUCCGCGCUGAAUGCUCAGCAAGAUUAUCAAUUUACUCCAGAAACCGUCAAACUUAUGGCGCCAAUGGUGAUAUCCCCGCUGGUGCCGCAAAUUGAACUCUUGUUACUGGGACAGAUUUGGCAUUUCAAUUCGGAACGCUGAAGCCAAGGAAGACUUCUAAAAGUAAAGCGGCGGCUCUGCGACCUGGCGCCGGCGGGUUGCCCCCGUCGCGUCGUCUCGGCAGCGGAGGCUGCCUGAUGACGUCACUGGUGACGUCACAGUCGCCGCUGUGCCGCUGUGGAGCCGCAGCACGGCGGGCCGCGGGCCGCGGGGGCCGUCAGUGGGCCGCUAGCCGUGGGUGUCGGCGCCGCGUGGUGUGUUCAGUGGAGGACACGAGGUGCCACUCGCGACUAGACGGCGUUCCAGGGAGAGGAGAAGCAGUUCACAGGCGGCCGGCGGCGGCCCGCUGCCGUCUGUAUGUCCGGCCCGGACGGGGGAGGACCCGCCCGGGAGAUGUCCGGUGGACCGCCUCCUCCAGCGGAAACUCAGGUACCGCCGGAGCCGCCACCAGCCGGGUACGACUCGGACCCGGCGCGGUACAUGUACUGCCGGCCGUACCCGGGCACGUGCUCACCGCUGCCGCCGUACCCGCCACCGCCGUACUCGGCGGCGCCCCCGUAUCCGUCGUACCCCGCCGCCAUGGCGUACCCGCCGCCGUACUCUGCGCCGUACGGGUACCUGACGUACCCCGCCGACAAGUACCCGCCGCCCCCGCCGCCGCCGGUCGGGGCGGAGAGAGGGUACUACUCGGAGGGAGGAGGAGUUCAUCAGGAUGGACGGCAGUUGCAGGAACAGGGCCUGGUGUGCACUUGCCAUCCGCAUACACUCGGCAGGAGUCACCCCGGCGGCAGCCCCUCCUACCACCCGGCCGAUGAUGACGACGGACUGAGUAUGACCAGUCACGGAGGUCACCCAAAUCAUGGAGGUCAUCCAGGUCAUGGAGGUCAUCCGGGUCACCAAGGUCACGGAGGUCAUCCGGGUCAUCCAGGUCACGGAGGGUACGGAGACUCAGCUGCCUGCUCUCGCGACCCACCACCGCUGCGACGUUCCGCCUCAAACUUCUCUGAAGACUCUCUGGUGGACGGAGUUCCGCCCGAGGCCGCCCCCGCCCCUAUCCCCACUCCCUCCCCCGCCCCGGCGCCUGCCGCGGUGACCCCGCCGCCGCCGGCGCAGGUGGUGAUGCGGCAGGGCGGUGGACGGCAGCCGGAGAAGCGCCGUUCGUUGACACAGGAGUACCUGGCCGCGCAGGCAGCUGCCGAGGCCAGCAGGAGUGGCUCGCGUUCUCUGGAGGGCACCGCGCCUCCCCCGCCCGCGUCAGAACGACGGCCUUCGGUAGGCGGCGGACAGAGGACCGAGCAGGAGCGGGAGAGAGGGGCGGAGAGCCCCAGAGAGGCGGCGCAACAGCGGGAGAGCUGGCCGGCCGCCUCCACUGCGGCUGCCUCUCCCUCACCCUCAGCUCAAACCGGCGACUCAAGGCGGCUGUCUCAGGCGUACGACGACCGGCCUGUUGCGUCUGCGCCCGACCCACGCCGGCUCUCACAAGCAUAUGACGAUCGGCCAGUCGCGUCUGCACCCGACCCACGCCGCCUUUCACAGGCGUAUGAUGACCGGCCUGCGGCGCCUGCGCCCGACCAGCGCCGGCUCUCACAAGCUUAUGACGACCGGCCCGCUGCAUCUGUGCCUGACCCACGCCGCCUUUCUCAGGCGUAUGAUGAUCGACCCGCUGUUUCUGUCGAUCAGCGUCGCCUCUCACAGGCGCCUGACGAGAGUCCCGUGGACAAGCCGGUCGACUCGCGGCGUCUAUCCCAGGCUGCUUACGACGAGCGACCGUGUGUGUCAGCGCCCGACCCUCGGCGUCUCUCGCAGGCUCUGGAUGACAAGUCACCGUCGCCUGUGGCGGAUCCUCGUCGCCUGUCGCAGGCUGCGUAUGACGAGCGACCAUGUGUGUCCACCCAAGACCCGCGGCGGUUGUCAGGAGUCUAUGACGAUCGGCCUGUGGAAACAGACUCCCGGCGUCACUCUCAGGCGUUAGAGGAAAGACGCUCCCCGCCUGCUCCUGAAGCCAGGCGCGCGUCACAGGCGCAGGCUGAGGCGGCGUCCGACUCUCGUCAGGCGGUAGAGGAGCGGCCGGCAGCGCCAGCGGCGGCGGAGGGCAGACGGGUGUCUCUCUCUCAGCUCUAUGACGAGCGGCCGGCCGUCGCGGCGGCACCCCCGCCGGCUCGGGAUCCUACCCGGCGGCUGUCCUACGCCGCCUACGACGAGCGGCCCGCGCAGAGCCGGCGGCUGUCGCAGCCGCUGCUGCCCACCGAGCAGCUGUCGGCAGCUGCGGCAGCUGGGGAGCCGCUCAGAGGCAGCUCCGAGCCCCGGCAGCCGGCGGGGGACCGGACCGACGGCGACAGCCGGCCGCCCUGCCAGAAAUACGACGACCGGCCGUGCACGGCGGCCACCGACUCUCUACCCUCGGUGGCUGCUAUCAAACCCUGGUGGGAGAAGGAACCCGACCGGCCUGUGCCGCAGACCAACCAAACCAGGACGAAAGACUCCCCGUCACGUCGCUCCUCAGUGGACCGGACUGCUCGGCCGAUGCAGCUGCCCUCCGGCUCCUCAGCUGCCGGCGGGGGCGACCGCAAGCCGUCGCCGCCGACGACGAACACGGAGCGACACUCAGCUGCCGCCGGUGACGGCGGAGACAGCACAGAGUCGCCGCUGGCGUUCACGGUUGAUUUCGGACCGGCCGAUAAGCGACUGCAUGUGAAGGACAGUAUCAGUCGGUGGGCGCCGCGCUCGAGACGCUCUGCCGCCGGCAAGGACGAAAGAGAGGAGACACGCUCAGACAGCGGUGACCUGAAGGUCGCCGGGUCGGGCGUGCCGCGGCCCCGGUCGCUGCUGCGCCGCCGCCAGGGCGCGCCAGGCUACCACUCGGAGGGCUACUUCUCUUCAGACCAGGAUGUUGACUCGAGAGAGAGCAGUCGCCGAGCGGCGUUACCGCGCCAGUCCGCGCUGGCCCGCACUCCAUCCCCCCGCGGCGGCUCCGGCUCCGGCUCCGGGCGACUGGCGGCACGACGAGCCACCGUCACCCGCGUACCGGCCAGCUCCGGACUGAAAAAGUCAGCCACCAUGGGCGCCAUGCCGCCGCGCCAGCAGGAGCCGUCCUCCCGCGGCGGAGGAGGACGGGAGGAGGAUACUCCGGACGAUGUCAGCGAGGCCGGGACGUACACGAUUGAGAAUGAGCCCGAUGGGGAGGAGGCGGCGAGACAGGUGGAUGAAGCGUUCGGAGGGCUGGAGGACUAUGGAGAGGAGCGCCGCAGUGAUGCGGAGAGCAGCAGCAAGGAGGGCAGUCCCGACCGAGACACUGAGACGUCUUCGAAGCCUUCCGCCUACAGUUCGGGCGGCUCAAACUGGAUCGAACAGUGGGCCGCAGAGGUCACCAAACACAACCAGGAGAACUUGAAGAAGGCACAGAAGGCGCCGUCACCAGGCGCCACCACCAAGCCGCCGACGGGCAGCUCGAGUCCGUGGUCGCGGCAGACUGUCAGUCCUGACGGUAGCGCCAGUCGGCCGCGCAGGAAACUGCCCACGCCGCCGGGACUGAGCCGGUCACCGGUCACAGGGGCGGGGGAGAAGUCGUCCCCCAGCCGGUCGGCCGGCGCCGGCGCCAGUCUGGACACCGAGUCCUAUCUGCGCACCACUGAGGACGUCAUGUCGGCCCUACAGGCGCGCAUCGACGCCGCCCACACGGCCGACGACUCGGACUCUGUCUGCUCCAGCGAGGGCAGCGAUGGACCGGCCGGGCCGCCGCCCAGCGCCGAGAAACGCAGCACCGGCCCCACCGGCGGCGGCACCACGGAGUUCAAGUUCAACAGAGCGCUGAGUCUGCGCCGGGCCCGACUCGGUCUGGACACGGAGAGCGCCACCUCGGGCUCCUCCAAGAGGCCCACUCCGCCGCGACCCUCCAGCGGAGGACGCAAACACUCCGACUCCGAGUCAGGAGGAGGAGGGAAGGCCGCCUUCGCUCGCUCCGACGGCGGACGAUACAGUCUGAGGAUGGCCAACGGAAACACUAAGACACCGCCGUCCCGACCGUCGGCGGCCCGGAAGACGCCCGGCUCGGGCGGACCGCCGGGCCGGGCGCUGGGCAGCGGACCCCGCGCGGCCGCCCAGGCCGCCCAGGCCUCUCGAGACCAGGAGAUGGCUAACUGGAAGCGGCGUAAGAACUACGACCCGCUGAAGGCGGCCAAGGAGGCGAGGAAUAAGAAGACAGAGUCGCGUGGCGGGUCACAGAGCGAUACGACCUGCAACACAGCGGCGCCGCUGCGCUCCGCCUCGUUUCACGGCACGGAUGGGUUCGGCUCGGCCCUGCUCCGGCGCUCAGCGUUCGCCUCCUCCGCGGCCGCCGGGUCGGAGGACGAGUCGGCGGUCCGUCGCCGCUCACCGCUGGUCGCCGCGAGGUCAGGGGCCGCGCUGCCCACCCAUCGACUCGGUCACCCGGACGACAGCGACCCGUCAGAUGUGUUCCACGAUGGUGCGUCGGCUGCGUCGUCGACACGGAAGGUGUCUCUGGACGGCUCGCGCAGGUUGAGCCGCGGCCCGGCGCCGGCGUCGCUAAAGAACAAGGUCAAAUUGGAGGCGCUGGAUAAUCUGGUCAUCUCCACCAUCCACACGCUGUCUACCAAGAUCCGCGGUAACUCUGAAUCUCUCGUGUCCAAACUCAAGUGUCAGUUUGACGAGGAGGACGUGCGGCACACGCUGCUGGACGACGUGAUGACCACGCUGACCACCGACACGCCGUCCUCCUCCAAGACGUCCUCCCGAGACCUUGCCGGCAUCCUGAAGAACCUGCGCAAGGUCGAACAGGCCGUCCAGGUGCUGGAGCAGGUUCUGUGCGAUGACGACUGCGACCUCUCCGACGACGGAGAGCUGGACGUGGCCGACAAGUUUGGGGAUGGCUUCUACUGAGCGGCCGCCCGCCUGUGAUACGGACUGAGACGCGGUGUCAGAGAGGUGACGACACCCGGCCCGGCCCAGAGCGACCGCCGUACCGCCGCGCCGCCGCCUCCAUGUUUAGUCUUUGUAACUGUGCCUUGACGCGCGCUGUAGGGAGACUUAGAGAUACCUAUUGCCGCUGGACGCUUUGGCGAACUCGGCUUUUUGUAAGAGCGUAGUGUGUUCGCUUCGGCAAAUGUUCUAUUAAUGCUUUAUGAUUAAAAAAGUAUAUUCUUA